UGCAGGAAGUUUGUCUCUUGCGAGGCACCAUCCUCGAUACCCUUUCCCCUUUCCCUAUCUCAUAGCGAGUUUUUCCCCUUUAACUUUGAAUGUUUUUACGUUUUAAAUUUAGGGCUUUUGCUUCAUAAUCGUCUUAGUCUUCUAAGUUGUACUCCGUGUGUAAGUGGCACGAUGUUCACCUCCACCGGUUCGUGGGGAUUGUAUAAAGCACCCCUGUCCAAGAGCUUACUACUGGUUCCUACGGCCCUAACUGUGCUACUGACUGUGGUUCUGCAUCAGUACCAGGACAUAUUCAUAUACAACCUCCAAGCUGUCAGGCAGGGCAAGCAGCUCUGGAGGCUGGUGAGUGGACGGCUUAUCUGCCUGGACCUAAAAGAUGCUUUCUGCAGCAGUUUGCUUAUCUACAAUUUCCGUGUAUUUGAGAGGAGGUUUGGGAGCCAAAAGUUUGCUUCCUUCCUCUUCGGAACCUGGAUUCUCUCUACGUUUGUGGACUUCCUGCUGACAGAGGCUCUUCGCUUCCUGUUUGAACUUCAGGUGGAUGUGCUUCCAGCCGGACUGCUUGGCCCAGUCUUUGCCUUCUUUGUGCCUUUCUAUAGCUCUAUCCCCCGUGUUGAGGUCACUCAGCUGCUUGGCCACAUCACGAUAACAAACAAGUCCCUGACAUACAUCGUGGGUGCACAGCUUCUUACCUCAGGUGCCUUCAUGUGGGUUGUUGCCUGUAGUGGACUGAUUGCAGGCUUGUUGUAUUACAAUAAUAAGUUGGCCCAGAGGUUCUUGCGAGUCCCAGGAUGGUUGGCCAAAUGUGGAACGGUGCUUCUAGAGCCUGUCUUCUCAGAAUCUGAGCCCACAGCAGAGGCCCCGGUGGGGAUGGGAGCAACGCUGGACAUCCAGAGACAACAAAGGAUGGAUAUGUUUGACCAGCAACUCCUCCUGUCUCAGUUUUCCCACCUCAGGAGAAACGCCCAGCAGCCUCAGCAGACCGGUCUCCUGAACUGGAACAGAUUCUUCCCCUCUCUAAGGCACAGAGGACAGAACCGCCACCAUGGGGGUCCACAUCCACAACAGCCCCCCUAUACACAUCCACUGGAUAACACUCCUGCGGCUGAGGAGCAGGUUGCAAGAUUGAUGGAGAUGGGUUUCUCAAGGAUGGAUGCCCAAGAAGCUCUAAGAGCAUCCAAUAAUGACAUUAACAUGGCAACAAACGUCUUGCUUCAGCACUAAGACAAAAUAAAAUGAGGACCAGGAGAUUGAAGGAGAAUAAGACAAGAUAUCAACUUCUUUAAGAUGUACUUCGCCAAGAACAAAACAUUGGAACAGAACUGCUAAAGAACAGAACAUGGGUACCAAGACUACACCUCUGUGGAAGAACUUGAGAGCACUCGUAUUGGACCUCUCAGGAGCUGCUGAUGUCAGUUCCUUUCUGUUUGCUCAUGGACUGGGCAGUGUAGAGUUCUUGCAGUGAUUCUUGGAGUUUACGUGAGUUUCAGAAAUUGCAACCCUCUGGUCCAUAGGACAGAGCGAACACGGUGGAGGAUAAUGCAUUCAUGUCUUAGGGCUUGUGUCAUCUGUCUUCGUCCUUGAACCCAUAUGCUGAAAUAAUUAAUAAACAUUUAAUAUAUUGAUCAUUUAUGGAGACAUCCACAGGGUGUGUGCUAUAAAUAAACUGAAUAUAAGUUUUAUGGAAUCAUUUUUUGAAAUAAUUUUGAAUUCUGUCAUCAGUUCUAUGGAACACAAAAGAAAAUGUCUAGCAGUCCUGGCUGCUCCUGGAUGAAGGUAGACAGGUACCAGUUGUUGUCAAGCUAUAGAAAGGACAAAAAAAUCACCAUUAAAUAAAAAGAUAAUCUUCUCCUCCGCCAUAGCUUUCAAGCUUUAUUUGCUAUAUUCAUUUAAUUUAAAACUCAGCUCAAGGCAAGUUGUGCCAGGUUUGACAUCAGUAAUGUCAAACAUUGUGGGGAUGUACAUGUCUUGUAACCGGUUGCGACUGAGUGUGUAUUAUAUCAGAGCUACAGCUGUGGGCAAGAUUUUCUGUGAAUAACUAAUUAAGUGUUUUUUUUACUCAAACAAAAUUAUCAUUUGAAUUCAGAAGACUUGGAAUAUAGCUUGUGGACUGUUUUAUGGUGCUUUUGUUUGUAAUUUUUGGAGUCUGACAACCCAAAGUUACACUAAAGCCCAAAGUAUACUUCCGUUUGUAUGCCAAUAUUUAGUGUCUUCGUACAGUCUAACACUCGCCUUUCAAAAUAUACUUAAUUUGACUGUGCCCACAUACACAGGCAGUUGGCGCAUACACACUACGACUGCUAUGGGAUACUGGACUGUUUCUCUUCAGGAGUUUAGACCCAUAAAUAUGUCUUUAUAUUCUUUUAGACUCAAGUUGCAGGUAUUUCUUGAUCUCCUCACACAUGCUCUUGACAUGCACAUCCACAGUUGUUGUUUCCCCAUUUGGGCCGCAUUCGUUCAGUGCUUGAGCACUCUGCUAAUGACGGAAUUUACUUUACACAGGCACAUAGCGUUUAGCAUCUGACCAAAGUAUACUUUGGGCUUUACAAAUCACUGUCUACUUUUGUUGUGUAUACAAUAGCAGCCAGGAAAUUUAGCAAUAUACAGUAUUUCACAAAAGUGAGUACACCCCCUCACAUUUUUGUAAAUAUUUGAUUAUAUUUGUUUACAGCUUGUAUAACAGUGUAAAUUUGCUGUCCCCUCAAAAUAACUCAAUACACAGCCAUUAAUGUCUAAACCUCUGCCAACAAAAGUGAGUACACCCCUAAGUGAAAAAAUGUGAGGGGUGUACUCACUUUUGUGAGAUACUGUACUUAUAUAAGGGUUUGAAACAGCAUGCAGGUGAGUAUAUGACCGAAUUUUCAUUUUUGGGUGAAUUUUCAUUUUACCAUAGUUGUAUGGAAGUGUAUUACAAGUACACUUGGACUAAGUGUCUUGAAAAACCUCUGACACUGACAGACAAUUUAGUCCAAUAUUUAGGAUUUAUCAUAGUUUGGGAAACUACCACAAAAUAUGAAUCAGAAAUCAUAAGAUAAUGUUCUCUCAAAUCCUCUGACUUUCUUAAUUUAAGUGAUAACACAAAUUGUCUAAUUUAAUUGUUAUUUUGUGGAGUUGGUGUGAAAAGCCUGAAUAGGUACCAUAAUUUGUAUACUGGUAUGUUAAAAAGGAAAUAAGUGGGACUGUCAGUCAUUUAAUUAACCCUAGUUGUCCAGAUGGAAAUGUUUGUUUAUAUGAUGCUUGGAAACCUUUUCUCCACUGUGAAAAUGGAUAAUAUUCAGAGCAUCUCCUAAGUGUGUAUUUGACAGUGUGAAAAGGCUUUUAACAGCAUGAAUUUUCUCUGUGGUGUAGAAAGAUACAGUAAAAUGAUGUUGUUUUAAUAUUACUUAUUAAAGGGUUAUCCAACUGUUGAUGACCAUAACUGGCAUUAAAAUAAGCUAUUUGAAAAACAUAGACAUUUAAACUAUGUUACAUUAUUCUAAAGAGUUAAAUUUGUUUUAUAUCAAGACUUAAUUCCUGUGAAUGGCCUCUUUUUUUAUUAUGCUAAAAAGAUUUUGUGUCUAAUCCAGAGGUAUUCAAAGUCUGAAACUCAAAAUAGGUUUAGCUAUACUUUUAAGAUUAAUUGAAAUGAAAUUAAAAUGUUUUGACUGGCAGAAAGGUUCCACUUGCCCAACCAAAGGGAAAUCACUCCUGCCACACUGUAUUAUUCUCUGUGGAUUAUGUAUUGUAGUAAACACGUAUUGUGGUCAAAUAGAAGUACUAAGAUUGCUUUGGAGUCACUGAAUGCUUUGAGAUGGUCUUUUAAUAAUGGAUAAUUUUACAAAUGCAAUUAGUCAGUCCUACAGGUCCAGAUAAAGUCUUAGAUUAAAGAGCUUUUGGAUUGAACAGUCUAAACAGCCUUUUUAAACUAACUCAGUCUAUUUAUAUGUCUGUAAACCAUGAGACUAAACUCACUUAGUCAACCCGAUGUUGAAGUCUAUGGUUACGGUAAGCUCACCGUAUUAUUUUACCAGACCUUAAAAAGUAGAAAACUGUGUGCAAUGGCUCUUUAACAUGCAUAUUUACUUCCAUUAAAAUCUACCUCAUAAAUCUACUGUACUAAACAAUCAUCAAAUAGCCAUGUCACUAAAAUGUUAAUUUUGCGUGAAACAUCCUUCAUGGAUCAAUAUGUCCAAACUCAGCAGUAAAUGUAAUUAAACAUUGAUGCCAUGAUUAAAAUCU